UGAGCCUUACUGUAAAGUUAUAACAAAUGCGCUUAUUCGCUCAUAGUCAACAAACCUGCUAAAAUGACCCAGGAACAGCACUUGUACUUGGCAAUUCAAACUUUGAACGCGACCAUGAAUGAAGAACUGAUCCCGUAUCAGCCACCUCGGCACCGGAUGUCGGUAAGUAAGAGAGCAAGUGGCGUUUUCGGCUCCGCAGCGAUUUGUACAGGAAAUACCUUCCGCUGUGGAGAACAUUUGUGAAGGGCUGCCAUUUUACCGAGCUUACGCAGCACAAAUUCAUUAUGGGGGUCAAAGUGGUCCAGCUCACCUCUAAGUCCCACCAUGAAAACAUCCUGGCCUCUCUGCAUCAGCUGAUGCUGCAGGGGCAGCUGAGUGAUGUUACAGUGCAGGUAGACUACCAGGGAGAGGUACAGGAGUUUCAAGCACACCAGUUGAUGCUUGCCGCAUCCAGUGGCUACUUCAAGAAGAUCCUUCUGUCUCCGGAUGCUACCAGGGACAAAGUCGUUCUCUCCAGUAUGCACUCCAAUAAUUUCUCCAAGUUUUUGGAAUUUGUGUACACUGGUAAAGUUGAAGUUGUUAAGGAUAAGAUUGGUGAUGUUCAAGCAGCGGCACAACUUUUGGACUGUGAGGAUCUGUCAGCGGUUUGUGGUGAGGCCAUGAGUGCUGGAAUCUUACAAAAACCUACAAGAAAAACAUCUCCAUCAAAAGUUGUAGAUAACUUGCAUGGUGCCAAGAAAGAAAAAAGAACCAAAGAGAAGAACCAGCCUAAAAGCUUACUUCUUAAGCGACACCACUCUCCACAGAGCCCUGAAAAAGAAGUCAUUUCAAAAAGAUUAAAGGUAAAGAAUGCAGGAAAGGAGGGAAAAAGACUAGGAAGAACUCUAAAAUUGAGGUUGGCACGCCAUAAAGUUCUUGGUAAGCGUUUGAACACCAAAAGAGGAGCUAACCCUAACAAUGAAAACCAAGUUACAAAGGAAGACACAGAGGUGAAUGAGGACAGGACAGAAGCCGAGGCUCAAGCAGAGAAAAUGGACGAGUCACCAUUGGGAAUGCCAGUCUCUGAUGUGGAGGAUUGGGAAAGUGGGGAGGAUGUGCCGAGCAGUGAUCCCGAAGGCUCAUUGUUGUUAUCUCUGGAGGAAGAGGAGGAGGAGGGUGAGGGUGAGUCCAAGGAGACAUUAAAAAGAACAUCCAAGGCCCAGUUCCAGUGUAACAAGUGCCAACGGACCUUCCACUAUGAAAAAAGCUACUUGAAGCACAUCAGCACGUACCAUGGAGUAAAAGCAGAUGUGAUUAAUCGCUGUGAGACCUGCCAGCAAACCUUUGCUAACCGCAGCAAUCUGAAGAUCCAUGAAAAGCACGUUCACAACAAUGAGAGGCUUUUUGUUUGCGACUGCUGCUCAAAAACCUUCAAACGAAAGAAGGAUGUUGUCCGUCAUCAAAGACAGGUUCAUGAACGUAACAAUCUGCGACAUGUCUGCCCUGACUGUGGAAAGGCACUCAGCUCUAAAACUGCCCUGCUGUUGCAUGAGAGGACACACACCGGUGCAAAGCCUUUUGAGUGCACCGACUGCGGGGCCAGAUUUACCCAGAACUCCGCCCUCAAGAUGCACCGCAGGACUCACACAGGAGAGAAGCCAUUUGCAUGUGACGAGUGUGAUGCUCGGUUCACUCAGAAGCACAUGCUGUCCUAUCAUAAGCGAUCCCACACAGGAGAGAAGCCUUUCAUGUGUGAGGCCUGUGGUAAAAGCUUUGCAUCUAAAGAAUACCUGAGACACCACUCCAACAUCCACACUGGGUCCAAGCCUUACAAGUGCGAAGAGUGUGGUCGAGGCUUUGCUCAGAGGAAUUCCCUCCACCAGCAUUUAAAGAUACACACGGGUGAGCGUCCGUACAGCUGUAAAGACUGUGACAAGCAGUUCACCCAGCUUAAUGCCCUCCAGAGGCACCAGCGUAUUCACACAGGAGAGAAGCCCUACAUGUGUGGUCUGUGUAGACGCACUUUUACAGACAAGUCCACCCUUCGCAGGCACACCAUGAUUCAUGACUCAGAUGCUCCCUGGAAAACCUACCUGGUAGUGCUGGAGGGAAAUGUGGAGGAUAAGAGAACCAGAACUCCCACUAAGGUAAAGACAGAAAAAGCAGGAGCACGGGAGAAAAAGAGCGCCGCUAGAAAAAGUGGUGCUGGUGCUGGUGCUGUCACUGCUGGCGGUCAGGAUAAAACCCUCACUGACUCCUUUGUGGUGCCGUCUGAGCCCAUCACUCUCCCAUCUGAAUGGACCAGUCACGGGGCCAUCGCUCUGGUCAACCAUGGCGCCCUCGGCGGGAUCACUGUCAUUCACACCGAGAUGCCCACUGGGACCCAGAUGCAGCCACUCAUAACCACUGACAGCACAGGGCCCAGCAUCAUUUCCUUAGACGGAUCAGCCAUCCCUGUCCCUUUCUCCAUACCGGUGUCAAUGACUCACAGUAUCCCCUUGUACUCUGAAGCUUCCUCCACCUCUCUGUCCAUACCCACCCUCCCAGUUCGUGAUUCUGAUGGCAGAUUGGCGUCAGCCUCAGAGAUCCCAAAUGUUUCCACUUCUUCUGUUCUGGAAGCUGCCACCUCACAGACCAUUUUAGCUCCAGUUUCGGAGACUAAGGUUACUUCUGAGACAGAGAUUUUGCAGCCUGAUAUUCUAACUGUGAUUGUCGGUGAGGAUGCUCAUGGAAGAAAACCAACAGCUGCUGUCCCAAGUGAUGGAGAGCAGAGGACAGCAGAAAAGCCCUUAGGUGAACCUAAAGGGGCUCCAGCUCAAGAGGCUGUAGAAGAUGCAUGUGAAUAGAAAGUAUUUUAUCUGGGUGGAGGGAAUUUAAAAUCCAGUUUAUGUUAUUUGAUGUAUUUACUUUGGCAUUAGCACUGUGUGAAUGUGUGGUCCGACUAUGUGGUGUUUCAUCAAUAUUAAAAUCCAUUGAGUGUCUCAAUCACAGGCUUGGAUGUGAUAUUCAGUGUGUCACACACACUCUUAUGGAAUGUAAUGGCGUUCAUAAAAAAACACAAGAAUCUGCUGUUCUUUAGUGACAUAUCAGAAAUAAAAGUUAAAAAAGAUUAAGGUAUUAGUGUGAUUUAAUUAAAUAAUAUUGUACAUAUCUUAUAAUUCAUGGCAAGAAAUGUGAAACAAAUCAUAUUA